AUGUGCGGACAGUGUCAACGGAUUUUGAAGCUUCCGGAGCACGUCGAUGCGCAUUACUCACCGCCGCGCGAACCGCCGCUGGUACAGACGGCGCAAAAUCUCCACGGUGUCAGACCGCCGCCAGGAUUUGGUGGACCAGCUGCGACGCAACUGUCCGUCGUCGCGUGCAUCUGUCCGAGCUGUUCGAGCGUUGUUCAAGCCCCUUUGAGCGCACCGAUUUGUAAGUGUGGAAACUGCGGUCAGCCUAUGCGUGUGCCGACGGCGAUCGCUUAG